AUGAGUUUCGGAGCCCCCGGAGGUGGUUCGGUGAACUACAAGCCUUCGCCGCCUGAGCGCGGUAGCUUUCCGCUCGACCAUGAAGGAGAAUGCAAGCAUAUCAUUUCCGGUUAUUUGAAGUGCAUCAAGUCUAACCGAGGCACCAAUGAUGAGGCGUGCCGCAAAUUGGCGAAGGAUUAUCUUGCCUGCCGGAUGGACAAGUACGUUACCAACUCCAGCAUAUUUCAUAUAAACCUCAUGGCGCCGGAUGACUUCAAAAACCUUGGACUCGUAUUCAAGGAAGACCAAGAGAAAACUAAAGCUCCAGCAGCUGUGAAUAUGCCGGAAACAUCACAAGGAACCACCAAGGAAAAUUAA